AUGGCGGCGGCGUGGGGGGGCUGAGCGGUAUCGCUUGGCUCAGCGGCCGGCGGCACCUGCGAGGGCCUGAGCGCGACCCACAGGAGCCUGGGCAGCGUCGAGACCCGGACGCGCCGCUCUCUGCCCCGGGACCGGGCGAUGCCGCGUUAACCUCGCAGCGCCGGGACCAGCCCCGCACCCUGCCCCGCAGCCGCGCAGGGGGACAGGCCCUGGGAGGGCAGCCGCGCUGCCGGGGCUUGGGCGCAUUGCUCCCCGGGGCACAGCGGUGUGUCUGCGCAGGCUCGUCAGCCCCCCGAUGGCCACGUAAACCGGCCCCCCGCGCCUGCGCUGCCCUGCGGGGGCUGCUGCUGAGCUCCGGCGGGAGGCGCGUUUCCUACGCGCUUAGAGCUUCGUGCCCCGCGAAGGCGGGGGGCGGGGAAGAUGUUCUCGGCCCUGAAGAAACUAGUGGGCUCGGACCAGGCUCCCGUCCGCGACAAGAACAUCCCCGCAGGGCUGCAGUCUAUGAACCAGGCUUUGCAGAGGAGGUUUGCCAAGGGAGUCCAGUAUAACAUGAAAAUUGUAAUCCGAGGGGACAGGAACACAGGGAAAACCACACUUUGGCACCGACUCCAGGGGAAGAAGUUUGUUGAGGAAUAUAUACCUACUCAGGAGAUCCAAGUCACCAGCAUCCACUGGAACUAUAAAACCACUGAUGAUAUCGUAAAGGUUGAAGUCUGGGACGUAGUUGACAAAGGAAAAUGCAAAAAACGUGGAGAUGGUUUGAAACUGGAGAACGACCCUCAGGAGGCAGAGUCAGAGAUGGCUCUGGAUGCGGAGUUUCUUGAUGUGUAUAAAAACUGCAAUGGAGUAGUGAUGAUGUUCGACAUCACCAAGCAGUGGACAUUUAACUACAUAUUGAGGGAGCUUCCUAAAGUGCCCACCCAUGUUCCAGUGUGUGUGCUUGGGAAUUACCGUGAUAUGGGAGAGCACAGGGUCAUCCUGCCAGAUGACAUGCGGGCGUUCAUUGAUAAUCUGAACAGACCUCCUGGCUCGUCUUAUUUUCGCUAUGCUGAAUCUUCCAUGAAGAACAGUUUUGGCCUCAAGUACCUGCACAAAUUCUUCAACAUCCCAUUCUUGCAACUGCAGAGGGAGACAUUGCUACGGCAGCUGGAGACGAAUCAGCUAGAUAUUGAUGCGACGUUGGAAGAGCUCUCAGUGCAGCAGGAGACAGAGGACCAAAACUACGAAAUCUUCCUUGAAAUGAUGGAAGCCCGAAGUCGAGGGCACGCAUCCCCAAUGGCAACUAAUGGACAGAGCCCUUCCUCUGGCUCCCAGUCACCCAUAGUACCUCCCAGCUGCACAUCAACAGACAGUUCCAGUCCUGGUACCCCCCAGCCACCACCACCUCAGCAGCCACCUGCCAACGCAACAUCCCCUGAGCCUCCAUCCUCCUUGUCACCAGUGCCUCCGCUAGAGGCUCAGCUACCACACACAUCAUCCCCAGCUACAGCCUCUCCAGCAACGCCUGUUGUAGUCCCACCGCAAAAGCGCAGCAUUAUCUCCCGCCUCUUUGGAACUUCUCCGGCACCAGAGAUGUCUCCUCCCCAGCCAGAUGCUGCUACUGUUCUCCCUAGUGAAGUCCCUGCAAAAGUGCAGAGUGUGGAGGACUUUAUUCCUGAUGACAGCCUGGACCACAGCUUUCUGGAAGAUACAAUCCCUCAGAGAGACAAGGGGAUAACUAAGACUAAGGACCACAAUGAAAGUGACAGUGAUGGAGAGGCUCUUGGAGGGAAUCCUAUGGUAGCCGGUUUCCAAGAUGAUCUGGAUCUAGAUGACAAAGUGCCCAGCAAACCCUCAUUGGCAGCAGAACUUGUACCAAGCAAAAAUAUGACUUUGUCAAGUGAGGAGGAGGCAGAAAUGGAGGAUGCUAUGGUCCCCAUCGUGGCUGAUGAAGACAUUGACGUGGACUAUGAGACACAAUGGUCUUCCAAAAAUUCAGUGAAACCACAGAAGAAAGCCUCUUCCACCAAAGCACCUGAUCAGAAGCCACCAGGCAACUUACCUCCACAUUCUGGAUUUGAGAAACACAUCAGCACAAAGCUCCCCACAGAUCUGCCAGCCACUGGAGCUGCUGCUCCUACAGCUACAGCAUCAGUCCAGGCACAAAUGACCACUUCCCAGAACAAGGGCUCAGUUUGGAAGCUGAAGGGAAGCAAAGAAGAAAUGCUUGAGGAGUCUGACAGUGAUCAGGAGGGACCGAUAGCCACCCAGAUGCUCUCAUUUGUGAUGGAUGACCCAGACUUUGAAAGCGAGGAGUCUGAUAGCCAAAGGAAGAAAGUGGGUGAAUUCCCAGUCCGGGAAGACCCCUCUGACAUCUCUGAUGAAGACACCUCGUUAGCAAAGCCUCCACAGCCCAUGAAGCCUACAGUCCACUCCUUCAAGCUGAAAAAUGACUCUGAUCUCUUUGGCUUGGGUUUGGAAGAAACAGGCCCCAAAGAGAGCAGUGAUGAAGAUAAAGAAAAACAUCCUUCCAAGGAGAAAAAGAAGAAGAAGAAGAGCAAAGAGGAAGAAGAGAAGUCUAUAAAGAAGAAAAGCAAACACAAGAAGUGCAGGGAGAAGGAGGAGAGCAAAGAUGAGAAGAAGAAAAAGAAAAAAAGAAGCAAGGAGAAGAACAAUGAGAUAGAUGAACUGGAGGCCUUUUUGGGAGGAGGAGCCAGCACCAGCAAGCAGCAAGGGGGCGGGGACUACGAGGAGCUCUAGGCCUGCAGUGGGUAUAAUCAGCGGACUCCGUGGGUUGGUGGCUGCCUCCAACUCUCCAUACGAGCCACGCCAGGACGGGUACAGAUGUGUAAAGCUUUGGCUGUCUACCAUAAGUACUGUCGAAACAGAGAUGGUGGAACAAAAAAGCUUUACAUCUGUGUAUGCUGUUCUGGUGCAGUCGUGUGGAAGGAAAACACAGCUGUGGGAUACUAGAGGAAGAUUUGAAGGUUAAAGGUCAUGGUAUGGUAUCAUGGCAAUGAGUUGUCAUUUCUUCCUACCAAUGUCUAACCCUCUUUCCUUUCUCCAGAGAGUUCCAAUCUGGUAGUUGGCAUGGUGUGGAGAGGGAAAGGUGAGUGGACCUGCUCCCACCCCCACCAUAUUCCACUGCUGCACCCCUGAAAUUCCUGUUUUAAUAAAUAAAUGAAUGCAGCAAAACAUGCCACCUGAA